AUGGUGGCCGCGAGCUCAAAGGCCUCGUCAGAGCCCUCGGGUUCCAAGGAGAGGACGCGGGCGACCGAUGUUAAAGUGGCCUCAGACGGAGGGAACUAUGGCCCCGAGCACGCGUUCCAGGACGUGGCAGUGGCCGUGUGGCCCGGAAGCCAGGCGAGGCCCUCACACUGGUCAGCUGUGAAGCGCAUACUGCGUUAUCUCUCUCAUACUGUCUCCUAUGGUUUGCAUCUUCGGUCUACCUCCUCGAGUGCUCUCUCAGCGUUCUCUGAUGCUGAUUGGGCUGGGAGCCUGGAUGACCGGCGAUCAAUGGGGGGCUAUGCUGUCUUCUUUGAUCGCAACUUGAUCGCCUGGAGUGCGCACAAGCAGGCCACAGUUUCUCGGAGUAGCACUGAGGCAGAGUAUAAGGCGGUUGCCAAUGCCACAGCUGAGCUCAUUUGGGAAUUGACCAGGAAUUACAUGAUCCUCGCAUAUGGCUCGCUAUAUGUAUCGAAAAACCAACUCAAGAGGAUGCACGCCGGCCGAAUACAACUUCUCACAGCAGCAAUGAGGGACCUUCUUCGCAUCAGCCAUCCCCAUGCGAGGAGCAGCAACAGAUUCUUCGCCGUCGCCGUCGUGUCCCUCACGCUCGUUGCAGCCCUUCUCGCGGCUUUCAACCAGCUGACCACGACGAGGAUCACAGACCGGCGGCCGCUUGCCUCCCGGUCUCACAAGCCAGCAGCCCGACGAGGCGAGGGCUGUGACAUUUUCCGGGGCGACUGGGUGCCGGACCUGGACGCGCCCUACUACACCAACGACACCUGCUCCCCGGGGAUCAUCGACGAGCACUAUGACUGCAUGAGGUUUGGCAGGCCGGACCUGGGCUUCCUCCAGUGGCGGUGGCAGCCCGCCGGCGACGGCUGCGACCUGCCCCGCUUCGACCCGCGGCGCUUCCUGGCCCUGAUGAGGGGCAAGACCAUCGCCUUCGUCGGGGACUCGCUGGCCAGGAACCACAAGGACUCUCUCAUCUGCCUCCUCACCAGAGUCGCGAUGCCUAUCAUAAGCUCGCCGAGAGAGAAGCACACGCUGUACUACUACAGGGAGUACAACUUCACGGUGGCCAGCUUCUGGGUGCCGUACCUGGUGCGGCACGAGAUGAUCGAGGACGACGGGCCGACGCACACGGGCCUCUGGAACCUCUACCUGGACGAGCCGGAGGAGGUGUGGGCGGCGCAUGUGGCUGAGCUUGACUACGUCGUGGUGUCGGCGUCGAGCUGGUUCUACCGCCCGUCCAUGCUGUACGAGGCCGGGCAGCUCGUCGGCUGCCACUACUGCCAGCGGCCCAACGUCACGGACCUGACGAUGCGGUACGCGCUGCGCAUGGCCACGCGGGCCGCGCUGCGGGCGCUGUCGGGCGCCGACGGCCGGUUCCGUGGCACAGUGCUGCUGCGCACCGUGGACCCGUCGCACUACGAGGGCGGGGAGUGGAACAAGGACAGUAACUGCCUUCGGAGGGCGCCGCACCGACGUGGGGAGAAGAGGGUCGAGGGCUUCGAGCUUGACUUUCGCGCGCUGCAGGUGGAGGAGUUUGCGGCGGCAGAGAGGGCGGCGGCCGGUGGGGUGAGGGUGAUGCUGAUGGACACGACGGAGGCGAUGAUCCUGCGCGCGGACGGGCAUCCCAGCAAGUACCGGGCCUGGACGCCCGACCCGCUCAUGAAAAACCAGGUGUGCAGCGACUGCGUGCACUGGUGCCUUCCGGGGGCCAUUGAUACAUGGAAUGACAUGCUGCUCCAUAUGCUGCUCAACGAGUGA